AUGUCAACCGAGGAGGAGCCGCCCGCCCCGCGACCCGCCCGGGCUGAUUGGCGUGCGGCGGCGCCCGGGCCGCCUCCGCCCUCCCCCGCGGUCCACACAAGUUUUGCGGCUGGGGAGCGCGCUCGCACCCUGCUCCGCUCGCCGCCGCCGCCGCCGCCGCCCUCGGCCCGGCGCCCGCUGCUGCUGCUGCUGCCGCCGCCCGCCGCCCCCGGGACGCGGGGCCCCCUCCCCUCCCGGGCCCACCGCGCGCUCCUCCCGGCCGCGGGGCCGCCUCCGUCGCCCGGCCCCGGACACGCGGCCCCCGGGCCGGGCUUGGCCACACGGCGGUCCGGACGUUCCGGCCGGGUCCCCCGAGGCGCCGCCACUGCCAGGAACCAUUGGCCAGAAAGUACCAACACUGAACCCCACCUAGGAAAUACCCCCCUUUAUCAGAGUCAAGAGGACGCCUCAGGUUCCAGACAGGGAGUGACAGCUCAGACUGCCAGAAUGAGCCACGGUUCUUCAGAAGCCCCAGGAAACCCAUCCCUCCUGCCGGAGACAAGUGCUGAGGGGAGGAACAAGUCUUCCAGAAGUGCAGGCGUCACGGUUCUGCACACUGGACGCUCGCCUGAGAUCACCACAGCCCUGACCGCCCAGGGCAGCUCCUCGUCCUUGGAGAGCUUUCCGCAGUCACCCAGCAGUCUUAGGUCAGAAGGAAGAAUCACCUCUUCUCAAACAGAGCCUGGGACAUCCCCAGGCUUCCUGGAGAGGGGGAGGGGAGCCCCGGAAGAAGGCACUGUGCACACACAAAUGGCUGGCACCUGGCUUUCCAGCCAAGCCUCCCUUCACGCUCUGGAACCUAGGGAGCCGACUGUGUUCUCCCGAAAGAGAACCUCAUCAGGCCAGGAGCACUCCGGGCUGCCAUUCUCCUGGACCCAGAGUGGCCCUCCUUCCUCAGACCAUCCCGCCUCUUCCGGAAGUAUAAAGAAGAGUCUUAAUAACUCCACCUCUCUCCAAAGCUCUUCAGUCACCCAGACAAAGAGUGCACAUGUCACCAGUACGUUCACUAAUGGUGUCCAAAGAAUGCUCCAGUCUUUGACUGUCGAUGUGGGACCUAUAAAUGAGACAGAGAGUUUCUCUGAGCACUCCAGACUUGCCAUAACUUCAGCCUCAGUCCACUCUUCACCCUCUGGGGUAGACUCAAGGACAAACAGCAGACCAACUGAGAGCCUGGGAGAUGGAGAAGGCACUGAGCCAUCUACAGAACACGGGUAUGGAUUUCCAUCUAUACGCUGGCAAAGCGAUGCUCCUGUUUUCGGAGGACAUCAGCUUGCCAGCAGCUCAGAAGAAGGAAAUGGAAGUGCCGUGCCUCUGACUGAGACUAUGUUUAGGUCAGUCCCCUCUGCUGGUGACAGAGAGAGCCCAGGACUGUGGUUCCCUGCCAAGAACGAAACAUCCACAGAUAUGGCUGAAAGCCUGGCUUUGCAUCCAGAAGCUGGGAGCACAGAGGUUUUGACUCAGUCCUCACACACUGUGCAACAGCCCCGAGGUGGUGGCUCAGGGUUGGGUGGGAGGAGCUACUCAGAGUCUUCCUCCUCUUCAUCUACAUCUUCCUCCGAAAAUCUGGAUUCCUCAGCACCGCGUGGAGAACACCCAACUCCGGAAGACAGUGCGUUGCUGCGUGACAGCUGGGACCUGGUGGAGAGUACUUCCGGAGGGCGCUCCCCGCACGUGCACACGUCCGCGAUGCUCCCCCGAAGCGGGGAGCGUACCCUGCGGUCCCUCAGCUUCUCGAACGCGGCGACCCACCCGGCGCGCCCCACCCCGCAUGAGAGCGUGACGGAACAUGCAGGCCUGCUGUCUAGGGCACCUACCCUCGAAGUCACUGGACUCAGCUACAGUCAGGAGCGUGGCUCAGACGCUGAGCAGAGGACUUCCGGCGACCACACGGACCACGCCUAUGUUUCACCUACCUUCACCAAGGGAGAAAGGGCGUUACUGUCCAUCACGGAUAACUCUUCCUCCUCAGAGGCCAGCGAGAGCUCAACCUCUUCCGUCAGGAUCUCAGACUCUCCACACUUAGACUCCUCCCCUUCUCAGGCUCAGGCUGAAAGAACGAACGUGCCGUCCUCCUACGAUGGCGACCCUGCUCUGUCUUCCACCGAGCCGCUGGUCCUGCAGACAUCUGGCCUUCCAUCCUACACAUUCACCGUUCGCAUGCCAAACACACUGGUUCUUGAUGCCAGUACCAACCCUGCUGAGGACCCGUCUGAUUCAGGGACCCCUUCACCUCUACCCUCACUGUCACAGCCCCACCUGUUCUCACCAACCUCACCAUCAGCUGGGUCCCCCACCCAGCAGCUGAAGUCUACCUCUGCCCUGACUACGCCUUUGCCACCCUCACCGUCGCCAUUACCCAUCUCCUUGACGGUGUCGGCUCUUGUCCCACCCUCUGCCUCACAGACCACCUUCCCACUUCCAUCCUCUGCCCUUGCCCCUCACAGGGCCAGGGAGCCACGGGUGACUUCAGUGCAGAUGUCAACAGUGGCGCCGGCCAUCACGCUGUUCCCCAUUAACCAAACAGCGGACCCUAAGAACCAGGGCACCCCACAGCAAGAGGAAACCACCACAGAGGCAAAGUCCCCAAGCAUGGUGGCUCUGCCCACAGACUCUACCAAAGCAGUAACAGCGAGCCUCCCUCCAGGAACCCCGUGGUCCCCAGCCUUAAUGGGGCUCUCCACAGAGCCAGCCACGAGCACCAGCUUAGUCCAGACAUCUCCAGCUUCGACAGCUGGCAUGCCUCAGACUACCCAGCCUCCUGUCACCAGUCCCAGGACCCUGUCAAGUACGGAAGCUUUUACCCCAGGCUCCGGCGCUGUCCACACUACUCCAGAGAAACAGCUCUUGCCCACCAAUCCUGAAAUUCUAGGUUCAACGGAAGGGGCCAUCACCACAGAACAGAGCCAAGUGCCUGUGGCUCGAACCACUCACUCAGUCCUUCUGACCACCACAGCCAUCUCAGCAGAGGAAGUGACCACAAGGCUUGACCAUGCAGAGGAGUCCAGCCCAGUGUCACAUUCUCUCAGAACGUCUUCACCUCAAACCACAGAUGGCUCUACGGCUGCAGUGUUGACUUCCACAUAUACCACCUUUGCUGCCCAGAGCACCCCACCGUCACCGACAGCAUUGUCGCCUCCAACCUCAGUCAACAGCUGUACCGUGAAUCCUUGUCUUCAUGGUGGCGAAUGCGUCGUGGACCUCACCGGUCAUGGGUAUCGAUGUAUGUGCCCGCCCGCCUGGCAAGGGGACAACUGCAGUGUGGACGUGAACGAAUGCCUGUCGAGCCCCUGCCCUCCCCUAGCCACGUGCAACAACACUCAGGGAUCCUUCACCUGCAGAUGUCCAGUCGGCUAUCAGCUGGAGAAAGGAAUAUGCAAUCUGGUUAGAACCUUCGUAACUGAGCUGAAGUUAAAGAAGACCUUUCUCAAUGCCACUGUGGAAGGCCAUUCCAACGUCCAUGAGGUGGAAAACGAGAUGGCUCAAACAUUAAACGUGUGUUUUUCAACACUGCCUGGUUACAUCCGCUCUACAGUCCAUGUGUCCAGAGAGCCCAGUACAGCGGUCAUCUCCCUGCAAACCACUUUUGCCCUGGCCUCCAAUGUGACACUCUUUGACCUGGCUGACGGGAUCCAGAAAUAUGUCAACUCCUGCAGGUCCUCUGCUGAAGUGUGCCAGCUCUUGGGGUCUCAGAGACGGAUCUUCAGAGCGGGCAGCCUGUGCAAGCGGAAGAGUCCAGAAUGCGACAGGGAGACCUCCAUCUGUACCGACCUGGAUGGCGUCGCACUGUGCCAGUGCAAGUCCGGCUACUUUCAGUUCAACAAGAUGGAUCACUCCUGCCGAGCGUGUGAAGAUGGAUAUCGGCUUGAAAAUGAAACCUGUAUGAGUUGCCCAUUCGGCCUCGGUGGUUUCAACUGUGGAAAUCCCUAUCAACUCAUCACUGUGGUGAUCGCAGCAGCGGGAGGCGGCCUCCUACUCAUCCUGGGCAUUGCGCUUAUUGUGACCUGUUGCAGGAAGAGUAAAAACGACAUAAGUAAACUCAUCUUCAAAAGCGGGGACUUCCAAAUGUCCCCAUACGCCGAGUACCCCAAGAACCCUCGCUCACAGGAAUGGGGCCGGGAGGCCAUUGAGAUGCACGAGAACGGAAGCACCAAAAACCUCCUACAGAUGGCAGACGUGUACUGCUCGCCCACAAACGUAAGGAACCCUGAACUUGAACGCAACGGACUGUACCCAGCCUACACUGGACUGCCCGGAUCUCGGCACUCGUGCAUUUUCCCGGGACAGUAUAACCCAUCCUUCAUCAGUGACGAGAGCCGGAGGAGAGACUACUUCUGAGUCCAGGAGAGAAGGGGGCGGGAGGUCGUUUCUCUGAGCCACUUCCCCUGGCGGCUGGCUGGAGGACUGCGCUGGAAGGGAGCACCGUGCUCCUUAGGACUCAUCAGAGCCAUGCUCCAGGGGCGUGACCACAGUGGAAGGGACAGAUGGAUGGCGAACCGCAGGCCACUCAAUCCGCACCGUUGUUACUGUGAAUGUGAGGGUGGGCCGGGACCGAGUCUCUGAAUGCCCGGCACUUAGAACUGGAUGUCUUCUGCAGCAGACCACUGGGCAUCAUUUCCACGACCCAGUUGCCCCUUAAUUUGCACUUUAAUGGACUGAGCAGGGAGGUUUUAUUUUGGUGUCAUUCCCAGACUAUCCCUGAAAGCCUUCCUUUCCUAGGAGACUCCCACAGGCCUCACUUGGGUGGUUGAUUGGCAGCCAGGCGUUGGCACUGUUGGUUUCCUGCCUGGUGCCUUGUGCUGAACAGAUGGAGGUGAGCAAUUCCGCUGUGAUCUGCAGUCAGGGGCGUAGUGUUUUCAGGUUCCUAGGUCGUCUGUGCUCAUUUCCAAGCCAACACUACAAAUGGGAACCUGACAUUUGCAAGGCACAGAGCAUAACUUCUGUAAGUCAGGGUGACAUGUUCGCUCACGAUCUGCUAAUUUUACUUUCCCAAGCAAGUACGAAUCAGGGCUAAACAACUCUCCCCUGGUUUUCAUUAGGAGAACCAAGCUUCCCCUUAGUGUGCCGAAGCAGGUAGUAUCAGGCUGGUCCUCCGUGAGGGGACUUCAUGGGGCCUGAGGCUCUGACCAUCACCAGCAUGGAAACAGUCUGCUGGGACGUAGGAGAAAAGGGAGAGGCAAGACUCGGCAAGCCAGCAUCUCACCUGAAGGAAAAGCAGCCAGCCCUGAGCCCCACCCCGCAGCUGAAUAUGGCAGAGGAGUAGGCACAUUCCCUGUGCCCCCAGUGCAAAAGCCCCAGGACUAGGGAGCUAGGAAGAGCCUGCAGGUAAGGGCGGGUACCUGCUAAUCUUUGAACCCGUCACGGAAACGUCAGCCACUGUCAUUGAAGAGAAGCUUAGUUUCCCUCACCCGGUCAUCGCUAUGUCUGUGUUCUUGCGCAGAGCCUCCCUCAAGACUUAGUUGUGGCCCACGUCCACUUUGGCGAACUAAAGCGUGCCCAGCUAGGGGUCCGAGAGCUUGCUUUGGGGGAAGGAAGUCCUGUGUCUUAUUUAUUGUGGGACCCUGGGGGUGGGAGGGGCCGUGUGGGGCUCUAUUUCCUGUGGAACUGUGUUCCUUCUUCAGCUUGUGGGAUGUCCUGUUUUGGGAUGAAGUGAAGAGGUCAAAGCGUUGCCAGGACCCUGAAGCUGGGAACUCGGUAGCAUACCUUUCUGGAAAUAGGGCAGCUGUUGGAGAUGAUUCCGAAUGUGUUUCUUUGGAGUUCUCUGGUUCCUCUAAAAUGUAUGAAGGUCUUCAUCCUGUUUCAAGUGUGAACCUUAUACCCUGGUCUCUACCGCUCACCGUCAUUUGCUCCAGCAGGGCCCUUAGUCAGGUGCAUUGGAUCCUAACCAUCACAUUGCACUCAUUAGUACAAUGAGAGACCUGUUGGCUAUUGGCUGAUGCUAGCUUAAAAGUUGCAGAGCAUUGUCAUCUACAAGCCAUGGGGUGUGUGUGUGUGUGUGUGUGUGUAUGUGUGUACGUACCAACAGCUCCCUGUGUCUUUGUGAGCUCCUGUGCUCGGCUUGCCUGAGCCUAGACCCUUUGUUGUGGUAGCCAGGUUCUAGCCACUCUGGAAGUAUCCCUGCUUGUCCCAAGCCUCAUUGCUGUAGGAAGAGCCAGCGUGGUGGCUGACCCUGGACACACUUCUAAUGCCUUCAGCUGGCAUGAGAGCUGGUGAGCACCUGUUCAGGGGGCAGAGGCACAGCUGGCGGGUGCCUGUACAGGGCUAGAAGCCUCAAACCCCACAAAGCGAACUGCUCUGUCCCAAAAGAAAACAAAAUCCUAGGAAGAAUUCCAACAUCCAGACAAGUUCCUGUCAGUGCCAAAAAUUCAUGCUGACUCAUGAAUUUGGCCCAAAUAGAGUGGAGAGAGAGUGUUUCAGUUUUUUGUAUUUUUUUUUUUAACUGUGAAAAACAUGAGAGAAGCAAGCAAGGGUGAGUUCACACUGAGUCCACCGUUUGGGGUGGGGGAGGAGCUUGAGGUAGAAAGGCCCCUUCCUGCCAUUGGGAGGAACGGAGAGAGUGGAUGCUUCCCUAUGUGGAGUUGCAUCCAGAAGGAGCCUGGAGACUGGCCACCAGCAGCCCAUGAGCAGGACAGACAGGCUGAGCCCAUGCCUGGGCAGGCAGAGUCUUCGAAGGACACGAGUGCUCAGAGUCGGCCCCCGCGCCUAGAGUGUAUAAUCUGUGCACAUAGAAAUGUCACAGUCCUGCGGUGGGGUCCCAUGACGAGGGAAGUGGGGAGAUGCCAAGGAGCUGUUUGCAUGUGGAAGAACUGGUCCAGGUAGAACUUGUGUAAGAAAGGGGUUCUACCUGAAUCCAGCCUGAGCUCUGUGCAAAAGCAAGGUGUGUGGGUGUGUGUGUGUGUGUGUGUGUGUGUGUGUGUGUGUGUGUGUGUGUGUGUUUCGUGUGUCACGAGCCAGCUCACGACCCUGGGUCCUGUUUCUUAGGGGGAUAAAUAGUGUCCUGGGUUCUCACCCUGGGCCAGGCUCUGUGCCAGGUGUUUGGCCUUACGGCUGCACCUGGGUUAGUUGACGGUGUGCAGCAGUCAGAGAAGGGACCUGGGAAUGUAGCUUAGAGCCUAGAGUGCUUGCCUGGCAUGUACCAAGCCCUGGGUUUGCUCCCAGGCACCACGUGAGCUGGGCAUAGGGGUACACUCCUGUAAUCCCGGCCCUCUGAAGGUUGAGGCAGGAGGGUCAGGAGUUCAAGGCCUUUCUGGAGUACCUGACACCCAUGUACUCCAAAAGUCUCAAAAAUGGAAAAUAAUGACUGGUUUGCAGUUGGCAGGAAGCAUAUUGGUAUGUGGUUUGGGCUGUCAGAAGUGAAGGUGGGUUUUUGACAAGCACAACAGGGCUUAGGCACUCAACUUGAGGGAUGCCUGCCUUAUUCUCAGCGGGAAGCCAUGGCUCCCACAUGUCACAACUGUGAACCUUGGGAAGCUGGGAUCGUAACUGAGUGGGAUGACAAAUGACCUUCCGACUGGGGAGGUUAUUUUUAGAAGCAUUUAAGUCACGUUGAGCCAGAACUACUGUAUGAUUGGUGCAGUCAAGCUGUUUGGUGGCAUUUGAGGUCAAGGACUAAGAGAUGACUGCUAUGGUCGAAGAGAGGAAGUCAUGAAAGUCGGCCCACAGGAGAGAGCAGCAUCGUUGGAGGGAGACUGGCUGACAACACAAGGAAAGUCUUCAAAGAUGCUGUCUGUUCAAGUGUGAAGCUCCAGAGCGGGCACUUGAGGAUCACCCCUGGCACGUGACUUUUGGGUACUCCCUGAAGCCACCUGCCCAGUAGUGAAGUGUCUGUCCGGGUCUCUGUAACUGUGGGUUGUUAACUAAAGCAGGAAAGCUGGACAGCCAAGUUGUCCUUGGCUUAGUGUCCCAUAACACACUCAAAACUAGAGACUUUACCCCUGUUUUUAAGUUUAUGUUGAUUUUUUUCUUUUUAGGCCAGAGCACUUCUUUGGGAAGAAGGACAAUACAGAGUUCUGUAUUUUGGUGUUAUAUUUAAAACAGCCUAUAAUAGCAGAUAGAUACUUUUUCUACCUGAAAGCUUUUUCUUCUCCUUCUUCUUCUUCUCCUCCUCCUCCUCCUCCUUCUCCUCCUCCUCCUCCUUCUCCUCCCCCUCCUCCCCCUCCUCCUCCCCCUUCCCUCCCCCUCGCCCUCCUGUGUUCUUCUUUGGGAAGGUAGGGCCAAGAAUGGAAGCCAGGGCCUUGGACAUACCAGGCAAGUGCUAGAUGGUAGAGCUACACCGCCUCUCAUUUCUUCUUUCUACACCGCCUCUCAUUUCUUCUUUCUUGAUAGUACCUUUCUAAGGUUCUCAUCAGCGUGUUUGGAGACAGAAAUGAAUUUUGUAGUUUGUCUUUGGGUAUGUAUGUUCGUUCUUUCCCUUUCUUUUCUCAGAUCCCAAAGGGGAGGGGGGAGGUAACAAUGGGAACAUAGAAGUUAAAAUAAUAGCUUUAAGCCUUUAAAAAUAACUGGUUGAAAUAACAGAAACCUGAAAGCAUUAAAUGCCUGUCAAUUCAUCGUACUUCAGUGUCUCCACCGGGUUACGCUCCGUUAUGUCUGAUGAAAACUCUCUCCCAGAGAGUAGCCUGUGAAACCAAAGGGAGAUGGACCCUUUAGGUCUGAAAAGAGGCAGGUCCUGGCCUGCACCUGUCACAUUGGGCAUUUUCCAAGAGGACAUUUCCAAGGGGCUGCCUGGUAGACUCCGCUAUAAUUUUGGAUGAUGGGCUUGAGCUUGAUGCCGUUGUUCUGAAUGGUUGAGGACGGGGUGAGAAUAGUGGGAUGGAGCCAGUUUGUCGGGGGAACUGAACCUACUUGCUUAGCUUUUGGGGCAUUACCUAGGCCUGUUGUACAGAGAAAAGGACCAGUUUGCCAUGAGGUGCUGUGAGUUUUGGUGAUGUAUGUGUGUUGCAGGCCUGACAGCUGAGUGGAGACGAGGUCCGCCCCCUUUGUCCUGGACUCUGCUCUGUACGCCUUUAAACCAACAUCCAGGUUGACUGUGUAAAAGCCAUCGUGAGAAUGUUAUUUAAAGCUGUAUUAUAAUGUCACCUCCACUAAUUAUUCAGUACUGUAGUAGCAAAGUAUUAUUUGUAAGAAUUUGGUUAUUUUUAUACUUAUAUCUGCUCUUAAGUCUGGCGUUCUAGUCAGCAAAAAUGAUGCAAUAAAAUUAAUAUCAUCCCCACUGGUUUUCUCUUCAA